AGCCUCGGGCCGGGCCAGCUGGGGCCAGGAGAGCCGUCUGCGCUGACGGCGAGCGCGGCCGGAGCGGGGCACUAUGAACGCCGUGAGCAUCGUGAAGGAGGGCUGGCUGCACAAGCGAGGGGAGUACAUCAAAACCUGGCGGCCACGCUACUUCCUCCUCAAGACUGAUGGCACCUUCAUCGGCUACAAGGAGCGGCCACAGGAUGUGGACCAGCGCGAGUCCCCACUCAACAACUUCUCUGUGGCACAAUGCCAGCUGAUGAAGACGGAGCGGCCGCGGCCCAACACCUUCAUCAUCCGCUGCCUGCAGUGGACCACGGUCAUCGAGCGCACCUUCCACGUGGAGACCCCUGAGGAGCGGGAGGAGUGGACGACUGCCAUCCAGACGGUGGCCGACGGGCUCAAGAAGCAGGAGGAGGACACGAUGGACUUCCGGUCAGGGUCUCCCAGCGACAGCUCGGGGGCCGAGGAGAUGGAGGUGUCCCUGGCCAAGCCCAAGCAUCGUGUGACCAUGAACGAGUUCGAGUACCUGAAGCUGCUGGGCAAGGGCACCUUUGGGAAGGUGAUCCUGGUGAAGGAGAAGGCCACGGGCCGCUACUACGCCAUGAAGAUCCUGAAGAAAGAGGUCAUCGUGGCCAAGGACGAGGUAGCGCACACGCUCACGGAGAACCGCGUGCUGCAGAACUCCAGGCACCCCUUCCUCACCGCCCUCAAGUACUCUUUCCAGACGCACGACCGCCUCUGCUUCGUCAUGGAGUACGCCAACGGGGGCGAGCUCUUCUUCCACCUGUCCCGCGAGCGCGUCUUCUCCGAGGAGCGGGCCCGCUUCUACGGCGCCGAGAUCGUGUCGGCGCUGGACUACCUGCACUCGGAGAAGAACGUGGUGUACCGCGACCUCAAGCUGGAGAACCUCAUGCUGGACAAGGACGGGCACAUCAGGAUCACGGACUUCGGGCUGUGCAAGGAGGGCAUCAAGGACGGUGCCACCAUGAAGACCUUCUGCGGGACGCCCGAGUACCUGGCCCCUGAGGUGCUGGAGGACAACGACUACGGCCGGGCGGUGGACUGGUGGGGGCUGGGCGUGGUCAUGUACGAGAUGAUGUGCGGCCGCCUGCCCUUCUACAACCAGGACCACGAGAAGCUGUUCGAGCUCAUCCUCAUGGAGGAGAUCCGCUUCCCGCGCACGCUGGGCCCCGAGGCCAAGGCCCUGCUCGCCGGGCUGCUCAAGAAAGACCCCAAGCAGAGGCUCGGCGGGGGCUCCGAGGACGCCAAGGAGAUCAUGCGGCACCGCUUCUUCUCCGGCAUCGUGUGGCAGGACGUGUACGAGAAGAAGCUGAGCCCGCCCUUCAAGCCUCAAGUCACCUCGGAGACGGACACCAGGUAUUUCGACGAGGAGUUCACGGCCCAGAUGAUCACCAUCACGCCGCCCGACCAAGAUGACAGCAUGGAGUGCGUGGACAGCGAGCGCAGGCCGCACUUCCCCCAGUUCUCCUACUCGGCCAGCGGCACGGCCUGAGUGGCCACUGGGGGAGGACGGAGCCUAGCCGUGACUGCAGAGGCCCUCCUGUCCAGCUGUGAGCAGCGGGAGCCACGCUGUCCCUCCCAGUGCACGGAGGGGAGCUGUCCUGCGGUCCUUAAUUUAUUUCAUCCAGUUGCUGCACAAGGCCAGGGCCCGCAGGGAAGCCCCAGGCCCUGCCCCCACCAGCGGGACAGCAGUGCCUGGAGGACUGCCCUGGGUGGGGUCUGGGGAGGGCGGGCCUUGCAACAGGAAGGGGUGUGGCCUGUUGCCCACAUCCCUGCCCCCUCCUGUCAGGGGGCUCCCGGGCCGUCCACCGGCGUCCCCUCCUCACAACUCCAGAUGCUUCUGUCCCCGGCUGCGCCCGGCCCCCACCCUCGCCCCUCAGGGCCAGAUGCUGGCCCCGUGCCACGUGUUUUUAACCUUCAACCUUAGUAUUUUUACUAUGAAAUACGAACAGUCCCUCCAAAUUCUUCAAUAAAACUGCUUUUCAAGUUG